ACCCCGAGCCCGACGCCCGCCCUCGGCGCCGCUCGCCGGCCCGCGGCCCGCGGCUCACUCCGCCGCGAACCCUCCUCGAGAGUACACGCGUCUGAUCGCGGCCUCUGCUCCGUAAACUUUACACGAGACGCUCGCCGGUAUCAACAACCUCCUAUCAAUCCUAUCCCAAAUAUUAAUACAUCGCGCCCCAUCGAUCUCCGUGCGUCGGACACACAACCCCUUCAUUCCAUUAAGGAUUUUCCGAGUUUCAUUAGACCGGUAUCAAUAAAUCUUAUUGAAAGUGCCAACUGGAGUGGACAAAUACAAAUAAGUGCUCCAUUAUCGUGACUGUGAAAUUGUUUAUUGUGGAUUGUUGAAGCCAGUUCAGAGAGGACCGUUUACUUAAAGUGCUUCACUUACUUCCUUCUCAACGUAAUUAUACGAAAAGCCGUUUUUUAAGAUUAUCAACCUUGCUGUAUAAAUAGUAAAAGAUCUAAUAUAGUUGUGUGAUGCAGAAGUGACGGCCUCGCCAUGAUUCGCGACCCCCCGGCCAUGCACAAGCCUGACAGUGCUCCCAGUCAGCAGGAUGAGAAGUACGCGCUCAGCAGUAGCGUGGCGAACACAGGCGGCGCGCGUCUCUGCGCUCAGUGUGGCAAGGUCAUCACGGAGCGGUUCCUCCUCAAGGCCAUGGAACGCUUCUGGCACGAGGACUGCCUGAAGUGCGGCUGCUGCGACUGCCGGCUCGGCGAAGUUGGCUCCAAACUUUACUACAAGGCGGAUCUCAUGCUCUGCAAAAGGGACUAUCUUAGGUUAUUUGGAGCCACAGGCAACUGUGUAGCGUGCAACAAAGUCAUACCGGCCUUCGAAAUGGUUAUGCGAGCCAAGAGUUUCGUUUACCACUUAGAAUGUUUUGCCUGUCAACAGUGCAAUCACAGGUUCUGCGUAGGUGACAGAUUCUAUCUGUGCGACAAUAAAAUCCUAUGCGAAUACGACUACGAGGAGAGGCUGGUAUUCGCCAGCAUGGCGGCCAACCCCAGUGGUCUCGCGCACAUCCGCCGCCAAGUCAGCGGCUUACAGUCGCCCAGCGCAGGCUACAUCGGCGGCGCGGGCUGCGGCGCCGGCGCGGCCGCCGCGGACAAGGACGGCGGGAACUGCGCGGGAGCAGACGACGCCUCCAGCGGGUACGGCAGCCCGCCCGACCCCGACGUCUGCGACGCCGCGCGAUGACCGACGAUGCCGCGCCGACUUCUCGCCUCGGUGAAACCCCACUAGUGUCGGCGGGACGCAUUGGCCGUCGGAGCUUCGUCCCUGAGGCGGACGUAUUCGACUCUGCAAGCACCCGGCAAUUCUCGAAAACACCGCAAAUAAAUUUAACGUGACAAACCCGAUUCUUCUUUUUCAUUGUAAAGUAACCAUCACCAAAAUUACUGCAUUGUUUUAUUUUAUUUGAGUUGUAAACUUAAAGUUUUUUAAAUUCCGAAUCGCAAAGGCGCCGACGUGUGGAUUUACUUCGCGACACCAGCGAGCAUAUUUUAUGAAUGCACGGGUACAUUA